UCGAGCUCGCCUUCCUCGUUCGCCAGAACUCGCUCGUCUUCCUCGUUCCUCUUUGAGGUCGAGCCCUCCUCCGCCUCCUACCUGCUGAUUGGGGCGUUCGAUCCGGAUUCCACCUGCUCUGCUUGGAUUAGAAGAUAUAAAGAAUGGCUGCACAAGACACUCCUAUGAUCACCGAGGAUGACUAUGAGACUCAGCAGAAGAAGCAAGCUGCUGCAGAUGUUCUUUUCAACUAUUCACAGUUUGUUAUGGUGUGCAUUGGUGAGGGAGUUCGCCCGACUGAUCUCCGGUUGCAUCUUAUGAAGGAAAUUUCAGGGAUGCCUACCUCUUUGAAGGAAGAGCCACGGCAGGCAGCUGCCUCCCCAGAUUCUAGCGUUGAACCAUCAUCCUCUGGGACGAUGAAAGAAGACAGGAGCGAAAUCCCAUAAGCUUCAUCUGCAUCUUGCAAGGAGAUGGGUAUCUCAGGAUGGUAGGCUCUGAUUUGUGAUCAUAGAGAUGUAAAUAAGUUAGCAUGCUUGAGGCGAGGCCUGAUUUGGUUUACAGCGCUGAAGAGCACAUUUUCCUGGCGGAUGGUAACGUUUGUGAUCAUUUUUCAAGCCGCUUGCAUUGCAUCUAUUAGUUGGGGUCCAUAUCUUCCUGCCAUAUGGGUAGAUAGCAAAUAAUCGCGGAACAAUACUGUUGUGUUGUCCAUGUCUUCUGUUUAAUCAGGUUGAUUGGAGGUUCUGUUUUGCAUUCCGGGGUUGGCAGGCACAUUGUGGCUUACAUUCCUAGAGCUUAGUUUCAAACCAGUUCAUGGGUGUUGUGGAAUGCAUCAGGAUAUCUUGCUGCUAAGGUUCAUAAUGGACACAAAAUCUGAUUGUGAAGACC